AUGAAUACACCACCAUCAACAGCCUCCACAACAGGCUCACCUUCACUAGCUCCUGCCUCAAACGAAGCCAAUAAUGCCACUUCCUAUCUCUCCAACAAUAAUAACAAUACAACAACAACAAUAGCAAAUAAUCCAACAACGUCCUCUUCACCAUCAUUUCCACAAUCAACAACUCCACUCGACAACAACAAACCAAAUAACACAAUGAAUAUAACAGCACUUCCAUCAACAAAUAACUCAAAGAAGGUCACUAUUGCAUCACCAACUACAACAGCAAAACAAACAACAGCUGCUCAAUCUCAAGUUGGUUUUGUGAAUCAUAGCGAAAGUGGAAGGUCUGGAAGUUCUUUCAGUCAGAGUAAAAUUACUUUGCGAACAUGUUGUGGUGUUGUUGAGCUAACUUCAAUGAAAUUGGCUUGUUUACUAGGUAUGAUGGUGACAGUUAUUGGUUUGUUAGUAUUGGCUGGCGUAGCUGUUGCUGCAUUCGUUGCUACCACAACCAAGUCAACCGAUAUUUUAAUUGCUGUUGGUAAAGUUACUUCCAUCUUUGAAAGCUCCAAUGCUCUAGUUUUAAAGUAUACUUAUACUGGUUACUCAUCAGAAGAUCAGAGAUUACUAGUUCAGGAAGAGUAUAAAAACUCUACUCAAACACUGAAAAAAACCUUACAAACAAUUUUAAAGAACGUGGAUGAUGCUUCCAUUCAGACCAUGUUUAACUCUACAACUGUUGAGGCUUCAAAUAAUUGGGAUGGAGCAAAUUCUCAGAUAUUACUAAUUAUCAGAACACAACCAGAAGAUGCCAAAACAAGACUGAGUUCAACAUCAUACAAUACAAUCAAGACAACUUUCCAAGAAGGUCUCGAUAAAUUGGUCACCUUUGUACAAGAGAAAGAAAGUACCAAAGACAAGAAUGUUCUGGCCAUUACUUUGGUUCAAUUGAUUGUCAUUGCCGUUUCACUAUUCGUCAUUUUGCCAAUCAUUGUAUUUGUCUUUACUUAUGCCAUUAACCGUGACUCAUUAUAUUUGGAGAAGAUUCGUCGUGCCAAUGCUGUCAUGUUGAUGGACACUAUGGAGGAUGAUGGAUUGAGAACAUUAUUUAAGAUACAUUGUGAAAAGGAAAAGUCAACUGAAAACUUUUUACUCUUGGAAAAGAUUCAUUAUUAUAGAUCAUUGUGCGAACGUUCCAUUGACUUGCAAAUGAGAUUAUUCGGAGAAAGCAAUGUACAAAGUGAUGUUUCUAGUGAAAUUUCAGGUGUUUCAGGUGAUUCAGCCCACUCUGGAAAAAAGAAGCUUUCCCCACUUGAAAAAGAAUAUGCUGAAGUUGAAGCCAAAAAGUAUGAAGUUGCUUUUGAGAUAUUUACUGAAUUUUUGGAAGUUACUGGUGAUAUGGCUGUCAAUAUUUCUCAUGUUCUUACUGAUGCUGUCAAGGAUAAGCUUGACAGUUACAACGAUAAGCAAAUUGAAACACUACCAGAAGAUAUGUUCAAUAUUUUGGAAAAGGAAACUUGUUUGGUAAUGAUGGAUACUCACCACAGAUUCAAACAAUCUCUUGCUUUCCAACGUGAAAUGAAGAUUGAUAAGAUUAAGGUUGAUAAACUCAAAAAGAAGAAAUACGAUUUUUAA